GGCGCAAAAAAAAAAAAAAUGACAGCGUUGAGGAAGUGGAUGCCUGGUUAGUAGUGGGAAGUUCAUAAACAGAUAGUUAGCAGGUUCGGAUACUAACUUUUUAAACCAGGGGAUUUAAAUCGAGUGCAUCAUCCACGAUGAUUUUACAACGUGUCGUUUACGUGCUGCUUCCGGUGUUGGUCUGUUUAAGCGACGCCAGAAUCCAUCGCCUGAGUCUGAAGAAUGAGACACGGUUCCUCAUCCACCUUAACACCUUUGGAUACUUCGCUAAUGGCACUCUGGAGGUCAAUGUGCUGUCCCUACAACUCCCGAAAGAGAAGAAUGGGGACCUACCCUCACAUGCGAUGGGCUUCAGUCUGGCCAGGUCCCGGGUAAACGGCGUGCUUACCUACACAACAGAGGACACUGACCAGUGCACGCUGGACAAAACUAAGAGUGAGGACAAUCUGGUUCUGUUCACCAUCGAUCCAAGGAAGUUGAGGGUCACUGUGAAGUCGUUUGGUGAGAAGGACAGUAUCUUACAGGCUCAGCUGUACAGUGAGGCAAACGUCUCUCGAAAGAAAAGAGACGAUCCCAAAGCUGGUUCAGCUCCUACACAAUCUGCCAAGCUUGUUAAUGAACAGAAGAGUCAGCAGAGUACUGCAGAGAAAGGGUCAAAAGACCCGGCUAAUAAAGUUGAAGGGUCAAAAGACCCGGCUAAUAAAGUUGAAGGGUCAAAAGACCCGGCUAAUAAAGUUGAAGGGUCAAAAGACCCGGCUAAUAAAGUUGAAGGGUCAAAAGACCCGGCUAAUAAAGUUGAAGGGUCAAAAGACCCGGCUAAUAAAGUUGAAGGGUCAAAAGACCCGGCUAAUAAAGUUGAAGGGUCAAAAGACCCGGCUAAUAAAGUUGAAGGGUCAAAAGACCCGGCUAAUAAAGUUGAAGGGUCAAAAGACCCGGCUAAUAAAGGAAAAACGGCAGAAGACCCAGCUAAUAAAGGUGAAGGGUCAGAAGACAAGGUGACUGAAGAUAAAGAGAAGAAGAAGAAUGAAAAAGGGGAUGCUGCUGGAAAAGUGGAGAAGACCAAAUCUCUUAGCCAGGUGACCAGCAUGAACGGUGUGACAUUGGCCCUGAAUAAGUAUGAAGACACCUUCAACUUCACAUUUCGUAUCACUGUGGGUGCUCAGGAUCAGGGCCUGUACAACCUGAACUUCCACUACUGCUCCAAAAGCAAGCCUGGUGCCAUCACCCCAUACUCCCUCAAUGUGGAGAUCAAGGAGAUGAACCCAGAUGGCUUUCUCUCGGCUGCUGAACUUCCCCUACCACGACUCUACAUUAGCAUGGCUGCCCUGUUCCUAACAGCGGCCAUCAUCUGGACAUCAACACUGCUCAAACACAAGUACAGUGUGUUUAAGAUCCACUGGCUGAUGGCAGCGCUCGCCUACACCAAAGCCGUGUCCUUGGUUUUCCACAGCAUUAACUAUCACUUCAUCAACAUGGAGGGGCAUCCUAUCGAAGGCUGGGCUGUAAUGUACUACAUCACUCACCUCCUGAAGGGGGCGCUGCUGUUCAUCACUCUGGCUCUUAUAGGAACAGGCUUCGCCUUCAUCAAAUACAUUCUCUCUGACAAGGAGAAGAAGAUCUUCAUGAUCGUCAUCCCUCUGCAGGUGUUGGCUAACGUGGCGUACAUCAUCAUCGAGGAGACGGAGGAAGGCUCGAGUGAGUACGCGCUGUGGAGGGAGAUCCUGUUCCUCGUAGACCUCAUCUGCUGCGGAGCCAUCCUCUUCCCCGUCGUCUGGUCAAUUCGUCACCUGCAGGAGGCGUCUACUACAGAUGGCAAAGCUGCUAUGAACCUGGAGAAGCUGAAGCUCUUCAGGCAUUACUACGUGAUGAUUGUGUGUUACAUCUACUUCACGAGGAUCAUCGCUAUCCUGCUGAAAGUCACUGUACCCUUCCAGUGGCAGUGGUGCCAAGAGUUCCUGAUCGAGGUUUCCACUCUGGUGUUCUUCGUGUUAACGGGCUUUAAGUUCCGGCCGGCGUCUAAUAACCCGUACCUGCAGCUGCCUCAGGAUGAGGAGGACCUGGAGAUGGACGAAGUUGUGACGGAGUCAGGUGUGUUGGAGGGCAUCUCGAAGGUGAAGAAGACGUCCAACGGCAGAGAGAGAAAUCGAGAGCCUGCCUUGUGAUGUUGACACUCCGGGGGAGGAGCCUGGACUGUUAAACUCCACCCCCUUUAUUCAAACAUUCCGCCUAUAGUUGCUUCCAAGACAUCCACAGAAGCGAUCAGCUAUGCAAGAAAGAGGGGGGGAGAAAAACAGGGGUGUGUGUGUGUGUGUGUGUGUGUGUGUAAGGGAAAGGAAGUUCUAAACUGUUUCCUUAUAAGGAAAUCGGGUUUCUUCUUUUAAAAAGGGGACCGAGAGCAGAGCCAAGAGGCACACAGGUUUCAUGGAUAUCUUUUUAUUUUUUUAUCACUUCUACACCAUUAAUCUGAUCUCUCACCUGUCUUACUCUUCCCUCCUCCUGUCUUUCUCUCUGUAUCCAAAGAUUUACAAUCAUUUAAUAAUUACAGAAUGUUUUUUUUUUUUCUUGAAAGGAACAGCUUAGCCAAAAAUGAAACUCUAGUAGUCCAAAGGCAGUCUGUCAGUUUAUUUCCUCACAGGUUCUACGAGGCUAAUUGUGCGCUGAUUCACACAUGCGAUUUGCACAGUGCUAAACUGGAGGCUACGUGCUUCCGGUUAAUUGUUAGCACUAUUAGCCUCGCAGCAGCACGAAAUCAUUUGUGGUGUAGAGGAAUUAGAUGUUUAAUUUUUGUUGGAAAUGUUCCUGUACCUGUCUCCGCUCUUAAUUUAACCAGACCUGUUCUUCUUUAUUAUUUAACUGAUUCGUGUGGUUUUAAUUCUGACCAUUCUGAUAGUGUGCGUUGAAAAAGCUGAUAUUUUUGGAAUUGUCUUGUCUUUACUCCGUCUCCCUCUGAACCUCAGCUACGAUCUCAGAGAAGACAUGUUUCUGCCCUUUCUGCCCUUCUGUUAACCAUCGCCUUGAUCAGUUUAAGGGAAUUCUGUAAGAUGAGGAUGGAAUCAGCAUCACUGAAGACCUCGCAGUGCGUGUGAGAGAAACACAACUUACCCAGAAGGCAUUUCCGAUAUCCCAGCCUUAAAAAUGGUGUUAGAAUUAAUAAAAAUACUUUACAUUUGACUCGUCUCUGCUGAAACUGCGCCACUUUCCUUUUCUCGCUAGCAAUGUCAAGUAAAAUGCAAGAUAAAGACCAUAAACCAAUCAGCCGGCGGUCCUGCUAGCUCUUCAGAAUGCUCGAGACGUGAUUCAGAUGUGCGCACAUGAGAGUUAUAGAUGUUAAACUUAAAAAUGAGGAAAUCAGUAUUGAACCCUGAGCUGAAUUAGCUCCAGAUACAAAAUCAAAUGGAUUCAUUCAGGAAUUUUGAAGGUUGCACUCGCUAAUAGACUCUUUAGCAAAUGGUAUCUCUAGAACACCAGAGAGUACUCAUAACUCAUGAACUUUGUGUGCUUUGAGAUGUUUGUUUCUCGAUGCUGGACCUGCUUCUCUGGGCUGCAGAGACUCUGAUCAUAUCACAAUACCAACUUAUGAACACUUUAUUUACAUUAUUAGAGUGGUGACGGUGGGAGAACGGUACGUGUGAGAACGUGUCCCAUCAUCUUGGUGAUCUGGUACAGUUCUGAAGCGGAGAUGUUUGGUAAUUAACACCUGUAUGCACUUGAUGUUUGUUACAUAAUGAACAUCUUAAUUAUGGAACAUUUUAAUACAUUUGUGAAUGAAAAAUAAAUCCGAAUAUGUUAGCCGAAGUUAAAUGAUAAUGUUACACAAUAUUCUCGUUGUUGCACUUUCAGUGAUCCUGCUUUAGUCACGUUCAUUAAUACAGGUGUUAAUGACUGUGCUCAUAUUUACCUGUUGUUAACAGUUAAGGAAGUGACGGCUCACAGAGCUGUGAUGAUGUCACUGUUUACAGCAUUGUCACUCCAAAAUAGAGCAAUAGGACGUCAGGAAUAAUGACUGAUGCUGUUCUAGCGGUGAUUGUUCACACUUUUGGGCUUGUGUUUCUGGAGCAAUGACAUCUGAGUAUUUGUUCAUCAUGUGGUUGGUUGGUUGUAAUUUUUUUGUGUGUGUAUCUGUUUUUCUUUUCUUUAUAACCCUCUUUAUCCACUCAAAGUAACUCCUGAGAAACAUCCAUUUUUUUUAACCAUCUAGAUGAACCAAGAUGGCUGCUGUUAAGGGGCUAAGAGUGCUUUAAAGGGCUGUGAAUAUUGUAAACAUGUCAUGCUGGCUUGUUUUUCCUUGCUAGCUUAACGUGAUGAUGUUUUGUUCAAGUGUAAGGAUGAGCUUUAAAAUAAAAGGAUGUGGAAAUGUGUUA